AGAGAGGGAGGGAGAGCAAGGAGGGGAAGAAAUUGAUGUGAUUAAGAAGAGGCCGCGUAGUUGCCCUUUUCUUGCUUUAAAAAUUAGCCAUCCUUACUUCUGUUCUUUCUCCUCUCAACUAAAAACCUAAACCCUUUCUCUCUCUCUUUUCCUCCAUUAACAACCUUUCUUAAGCUUUCCUUAACCAUUCCUCUUUCCUGAGAUUCUUCUUGUAUUCAUCUCAUACUGCUUCUCUAUUGCUGGAUUCAUUUCUUGAAAUGGAUAUGGAUCCCAUUUCUUCUAAUCUCCAACACCUCACCAGUUCCGAUUUCACGGAGGACCAGCGUCCCAGUAAACGCCGAAAAAUCCAUUCCCCGGAGAUUUCCGUUGAUGAAUCCGCAGAUUCGAUAAGACGGUGGACAACAGAGUCGGAGCACCGGAUUUACUCUUCCAAACUAGUCGAUGCUCUUCAUCGAGUAACUGCUCAGAAGUCUGCAUCGCUUCCAUCCGGAUCUUCGAUCGACGGCCGGAAAGUUCGCGAGACGGCGGACCGAGUUCUCGCCGUCGCUGCCAAAGGCAAGACUCGCUGGAGCAGAGCAAUUCUCACGAAUCCACGGCUCCAACACAAACUCAAGAAGCAGAAGAAGGUGAAGACGGUGGGAAACUGUAGCCGGGCGAAGAAAUUGAAAAUUAAGUAUGAGAGGAGAAAAUUGCCGACGGUGCAGAGGAAAGUUCGGACUCUCAGCCGCCUUGUACCCGGGUGCAGGAAAAUAUCGUUUCCGAAUCUUCUUGAAGAAGCAUCGGAUUACAUCUCUGCUCUACAGAUGCAGGUUCGCGCCAUGACAGCCGUGGCGGAGCUUCUCGCCGGCGCUCCGGGUGAUCGUCAAAGUUUGAGAACAAAUUCGUAGAAGCCACUCCCCAAGGCUUGUAAUGCCAGCAGGUGUUUUCUUCUUUUUUUUUUCUUUUUCUUUUUUUCUUUUUCUUUUAUAUAUAUAAUCUUUCUUCUUUUUUUCUUUUCACGAAUAUUAUUAUUCGUGUAUUGUUAUGAAAUAUUUUAUUGUACACAUUUUUAAUUUCCAUUUCUUUCUUUCUUUUUGGGUUUAAUUUUUUGAUUGAAAAGUAGUACCUAAUUUUGAUUCUCUUAAUAUAAUAAGAGAAAGAUAAUAGAUGGAAUUAGGGAAUUAGGUUUUGGUAAUUUUAUUUUUUAUUUCCUCGAUUA